GUGUACUAUGUAGGGUUAACUUGUUGCAUUUAAUGAAAAGUAGUUUCAAUGCCGGAAUUUUAUUAACACAAUUUAAAUUAUGCCUCGCGAAAAAUCAUCCCAUCGCGACAGGAGAAGUUCUUCCCAAAGCUCCGAAUCGUCAUACGAAAGGAAGAAGUCCAAAAGCAAGCACAAGAAACGUUCUCGUUCAAGAGACAGAUCUGUAGCUAGUAGCCAUAAGAGCAAGUCUAGCUCUCACAGGCAUAGAAAGAGGAGUUAUUCUAGAAGUUUGUCUCGGGAUCGCUACGAGACGAAGUCGCGUAGGCGCUCCAGUUCGCGAAGGCGCUCUAGUUCGCGGCCCCGCUCGAAGCGGUCCCGGCGGUCGGUGUCGAGGAGCAGAUCUAGAAGCCGUACGAAACACAGUAAAAGCAGCAAGAAGUCUCGCAGGAGGUCGCGCUCUCGCUCGACUAGCAGUUCCAGCUCUUUUGAUAUAGAACCAGCACAAGGCUUCAAAUCGGUUCGGCUAGAUGACACUGAAACCAAAGUUGAGCAGGCCAUCAAGGCCGCAGAGGCUGCUGGUUUAACUAUGACCAAGAUACCAACUUACGAAUACCCAGAAGUAGAAGUAAAAGAAGACAUGCCAACAAUUCACGAUAGAAACUUGCUUGCCGAGUUGAACAGUGAUGUAUUCAUCCAAAGGUCUUUCACGUCUUCAAAGAAUAAGAAACAGAACCAGAACAUUGUAAUAGACUUGGAUGCGGAAACUGUUAAAGUUCCUAAAAGUGAUAUAAAAGUUAACAAUAUGGAUGAUACUAUUCUUAACAUGGAUGAAAUCCCAAGCGAAGAAAAGUUGAGAGAGAUGUGGAUAAAGAAACUUUACCAGUACAGGAAGAGAAUGCUGCGGGGAGAAAUUUAGUAAAAUAAUAAAUGGAAUAAUAUUCUAA